ACCUCUUUAGCCUGGUAGCCAACAUACAACCGAAAACAUUAAAGCGCUUUAGACCAUUUUUGUGUAUAUUGAUCUCGGUGUUUUUAACACAAUUCUCUUUACGUAUCUACUAUUUAACUUAAAGUAAUUUGCCUGUUAAAUGUACAAAUGUGUUGAUUAUACCGAGUCUAGCACUAAGCUUAUCGUUAAUGCUAGCUAGCCCGACAAUGAACUCACUGAACGACUAUCCUCUUGUUAAAGAAGAGGCGGUCUGCUGGACGGAGAAAGAAGCUCAGGGGCUGAACAUUGUCCUGAAAGAAGAGAAGGGGGAUAUUACAGUGAAAGAAGAGAAAGAACAUUUUAGAGUGAAGGAGGAAGAGGAGACUGAAGAUCUGAUUAACACCAGAGAGAGACCAGACUCUCACUCUGACAGCGGAAAGAGUCCUUCAGUGGGACCAGACCCAGAGACACCCAAACCAGCGAGACGACACCACUGCUCCCAACGUGAAAUGAGAUUCUCCCUCUCAGGGGACCUAAAACGGCAUGAGAAAAAACACACAGGAGAAAAGCCUUUCCAAUGUUCCCAGUGUGGAAAGAGUUUUACCUGUUUAGGGAAUCUAAAUCGGCAUAAGAAGAUACACGCAGCGGGAAAGCCUUACCAAUGUUCCCAAUGUGAAAAGAGUUUUGCCUGGUUAAGGAGCCUGAAGAAGCAUAAGAAGAUACACGCAGGGGAAAAGCCUUUCCAAUACCAAGGGACCAGCCAACCUUUUGAUACAGGAUGCAGUGGUGAGAGACCAGACUCUCACUCUGACAGUGGGAAGAGUCCUUCAGGGGAACCAGGCCCAGUGACACCCAAACCAGCGAGACGACACCACUGCUCCUACUGUGGAAAAAGUUUCACCCGAUUACUACACCUGAAAUCACAUGAGAGAAUACAUACAGGAGAAAAGCCCAACCACUGUUCCCGGUGUGAAAAGAGUUUUAGGUGGUUAACGACUCUGAAACUCCAUGAGAGGACACACACACACGAAAAGCUCUAUCACUGCUCCCUGUGUGAAAUGAGUUUUACCAAGUUAGAGGCCCUGAAUGUGCAUGACAGGACACACAUAGGAGGGGAUAAGCCCUACCGCUGCUCCCUGUGUGGACAGAGAUUUAACCGGUUAAGACAUCUGAAUAGGCAUGAAAGAAUACAUACACAGGAGGAGAAGACAUACCACUGCUCUCAUUGUGGAAAGACAUUUUCCCAGUCAGAGGACCUGAAAACACAUGAGAGAAUAGAGAGGCUGUGUUCUGACUUGUGUUUUUGACCUGAGAAGUUGUGUGUUUUUUUUGUUUCUGCCAAAUGAAAUCAUUAUUGAAAUAGACCUACUUUUUUGUCUUAGUUUUCAUCUGGAGACUGACAUGACUCUCCUGUGAGGAUCCAAGGGUUUCUAACAUACUCUGUUACACGGAAUCAUGGCUCUCUCUCUCUCCAGAUAUACUGUUGCCAUGACUCCUGUGAGGAUCCGAGGAUCAGGUUACAGUGGAUCAGCAUUCAAUAGAGGGAGGGAGGGAUAUGGGGGUUUUAUGACACCUCACCAUCGAUUGUAAAUUGUAGGCAGACUAUUCCUUUUGGGGUCUAAUUUGGGCGACUGGAAUUUCUCUUUGUUACCGAGAGAUUCUUAGACGACCCCAAAAACUUCAACAUCAAACAAUGGACACUGGGACAAUAUAUUCCAACAUCCGAAUGUUGGGAACGAUGAGAGAUGGAAUAUGGAAAAUGUAAUGUCUAUUUUGUGAUGUCAUUAAAAUUGUUAUAAAUAGGUUUUAAUGAAAGCAUUAACUUCAAGAGCUUUCGCACUGUGUAUAUCAGGUUUACAUUCUUUACGUUGUGUAGAAAAUAUCAAGGAUAAAGAGAAUGUUUUUGUGAUGAUGGGAUUGUGAUUUUAGUACUCUAACGAGAUAGUAAUUCUGAUACCUUGCCUCGUAACUAGCCACGCCCCAGGGAGCCCGGAGAACGGGUCAGAAUGACGAAAAAUGCCUCAGUUUUUCCCCGGUAUAAAAAUAUUGAGUUAAGAAUGAUCAUAUCAGACUAGGAGAACCACAAGCUGUAGCUGAGGUCUACGAUUAGUCACGACCCCCCCCCCCCCCCCACACACACACACAGCGCAAAACACAACACACGAAGAAGACAACGGAACCUCUUAACAAUCAAUGCUACGGUUAAUUAGCUGUUCUUAAUGUCCUCAGGACAUCUUUCAGAAUGAGUGCAAAGUAAUCAGACAACUAAAAAGAAGGACAUUGUGACAUUUUAUGGACAGAUCAGAGCCUUACACCUGAGAACGACCAGAGAAGGCCAGCCGAAAUAAGGAACCUCCUCAUCAAGUGGGAACCCGGCCCAUGAAGGGCCCAACAGAGAGAAGGGCCCAACUAAACCCUCCUCAUCAAGCGGGAACCCGGCCCACGAUGGGCCCAACAGAGGGAAGGCCCAACUGAACCCUCCUAAUCAAGCGGGAACCCGGCCCACGAAGUGCCCAACUGAACCCUUCUAAUCAAGCGGGAACCCGGCCCACGAAAGGCCCAACUGAACCCUUCUAAUCAAGCGGGAACCCGGCCCACGAAGGGACCAACAGAGAGAAGGCCCAACUGAACCCUCCUCAUCAAGCGGGAACCCGGCCCACGAAGGGCCCAACAGUGAUACCCGACAGAGACCUUCAGCGCGUAAAUACAUGCGUUACUUCUUACCCAGACGAUCGGAAGCUUGGGGCAAGAUAUUAAGGGCUAUACUGUGAGUAUAGUUCCCAAAUGUAUCCAAGUGUUGCGUCUCUUUCUUUCUCUAACUCUCCAUCUUGUGUAACAAGUGUCAUAUUGUGUUAGUCCGCUAGGGACUUGUUGUCGUCGUAUUAAGUUUCCAAUCAAUAACCUAUACCGUGUUUGUGUAUCCUAUGUUAUCAUUUAGUUUGUUAGUAAAUAAAUAAUCA